GUCCGAGAGAGGUUGCUGAAGAUAGGUGUUGACAGGCCGGCAGACAAAUGCGGGAAGAAAUGAGAUAAUCUCAUGCAACAGUUCAAAAAGAUCCACACUUUCAUGGGCAUGUCGGGGAAGGAGGACUUCUUCUAGUUGACGAGUCAGCAAAGGGCAGAGAAAGGAUUCAGCUUCAACAUGGAUCGGACCGUCUACGAGGAGAUCAAAGGGGCGAAGGAGAGGAGCCGCACUAUCAGCCCGAGCAAUGUUGCAGACACCGGUGGCGCAGGAGGUGUGCAACUCCCAUCUGCUCAGUCGGUGAUUCCGGAGUCUGUGGGUGACGGGGAUGCCGCUGGAGAUGGCAACGACGAAGACGACAGCUCAGCGCGUGGGGCCUCACAGACGACUGGAAGUCCGGCCAGUUUCGGGAAGAGGAAAAACGUGCGGCAGCAAACAUUCGAGGCCUUAAGCGAGUGCAUGGAGAAGCAUGGGGCGUUGAUGGCGUCGACGAUGGAGAGCGGGAGCAUGAGGCAAUGCGAGGCGAUGGAGAGCGCGAGCAAGAGGCAAUGCUCCAUUCAAAUUCGACAGUGUGAGGCUAUCGAAGCGGAGUCUGUCUUCUCCGCGAUGACGAAUACUCGCAACUCUGGCAAGGGAAAAAGGGAGAGGGACUCCCAGAAAACGGAAGUUGCCGGCGUCGUGAAGCGGGGGAGGCAUCAGGCGAAGAAGCCCAAGGUAUCAAGCGGCGGUGCUCUGGUGAUCGGGAGGUCCGCGCGGGAAGAGUGGGUUGACGAGGCCAGCAGCAGACAGGACGACGAUUUCGAAUCAGAGGUGGACACGUUUCAUGGAAGGAAAGGGACCUUGCGUGACGUGUCGAACGUGAGAAUGGUGAGCGGAGAGGAAGGCAUCGACGGUGGUAAAGAUGGGGGUCACGGGGUUGCGCGAGGCAAGGGUGAGGCGGUCGGCGACGUGGGAGGCGGUGUUGCUGCCAGGGAGGAGCGUGGCCAGCCGACGACCCCUGCCAUGCGUGGCGCCGUACCGUCGAAGGACGUGCAAGUCGCCCAGGACGUAGGUAAUCACCCGCCAAUGCGGGCGCCUUCAAACCCAGUGACGCCCACGGCGGGACAGGCGAGAAGGGAUGAAGGGGCGGGGGUGAAUGCGGCAGUCAAGGGACAGCUUGCGACGCGCAUUCCCGCAAAGGAAGCCGCAGCGGUGGGAAUUGUCGUUGGUACAUCGACGGCAGGCGCGGGGGGGGGCGGUGGUGACAGUCGUGAUGAUGCUGAUGACGACGAUCCCCUCAUUAACAGGCAGGGGCGAUCCGGAAACAUGGCGUCUCUGGAGGCGAAAGCGAAACUGUGGGUAGACGAUCUGCGUUUCUGGAACGAGACGGAGGGGCAUGGGAUGUUCAAGAUCAUCCAGGAGACGCACCUGCACCUCAUCGCCGUCGCGAAGGGUGUGAAACCGCCGGAGAUAAGAAAAAGCGUUGUCCUCCCGAACGCCACGAUCCCUCAGCAGAAGCUGGAAGACUCCUCGGAGUUGGGGGCCGCGAAGGAGAGGGCUUCGAGGGUGCAGACCAUAGCGUUGCGCAUCAUCCAUGGGUGGAUCUUCAAGUCCCCCAAUCGCGUGCGCGGGUACCACUGCUCGUACGUCUAUGUGCUGAACCACGUCGCCACAGACCUCGCCCGCGCCAUCUGGUUUGGAGAGGACUGGCGGGUAUGUGUGAGUCUGGCGGUCAUCCAUAACACCUUGGAGCUUCAUAUGAAGCUCCCCAUCUGGUACGUAGGUGGCGUCAUACACGACAGACACAAGGACGACGAAAUGGCGUCGUAUCAGGAGUCCACAACGCAACGUCUGGUGGGAGCUUUCACAAAUGCUGUUGACACGGGGGAGGGGGUAGACGGCGGGCGGAUAUCGUACGAGAGGCUGAGGAACGUAGCAGACUGCAUGUGCCUUUUGCUGUCUGCCGCCAUGUGGAUCAUGCGGAUGCCGGGAGAUAAUCUCCGUUCGCAUUAUGAGGCGUCCCAUCUCGUGGAGCUCAUUGCGGAACCGACGCUCAUUGCGUCGCUGCAUCGCUCGUUCGACGCGCGCCGCCAUGUUCUGCAGUGUGUCAAUGUAGUAACGGAGAAAAUGGGGAAGGCCCCCGUGACGUUGGUCGACCCUCCGGUGUACAUCCCCGACUGGGCGUUGUGGACGACUACGGAGAAAAUGGGGAAGCCGCCUGCCGCUGCUGCUGAUGACGACGAGGACGUUCAUGAUGAUGAUGACGACGGUGAUGACGAUGAUGACGGUGACGACAACGAUGAUGAUGUAGACGACGUUCAUAAUGAUGCCGACGAUCGUGAAGCUGACGAUCGUGAUGAUGACGGUGACGAUGAUGAUGGUGAUGAUGAUGAUCGUGAUGAUGAUGAUGGUGAUGAUGUCGAUGAUGAUGAUGAUGACGAUGCUCACGAUUAAAGAGGAUGAUGAUGACGACGAUGAUGAUGAUGACGAUGAUGAUGACUAAGGUGGUGAUGGUGAUGACGACGAUGGUGGCGACGACGACGAUGUCGUCGACGAUGUUGGGGACAGGAGUUGGCAUGGCGUGUAAAUAGCGGUUGCGCGAGUUUCGUAGACUGUCUUCUACUUCCUUUGCGUCGAGUCGUUUCCUGUUGUCAAAGCGGUUGCCGAGCACGGGUGAGAGCUCGGUUUCAUCUAGCUGACAGCAAAGUGUAGUCGACAUGCACGUCUUUUCAUUCAAGGGGCCACUCAUCGUCGAAUGUGCGGUGUCAUUAAUGUCCAUCAUGUCUAUGCGCAUCAUUGAUGCUAAUUUGAUAUCGUGUGCUAUGGCGAACGUUCGUUUUAUAUCGCAGACGUGUUUUCUUAUGUUUGUUCUUUCGGAUUGCAAAGCUUCCAUGUAAAGUUGUGGGUGAUAAGGUGAAUGAAUUCUGCGUGAGAGA